AUGUCAGAGGAUCUGAGUCUGCUGGUGCUCGUGGUGGACGUCAAUCCAUUCUUCUGGGCGCUGCGUCCGCCCUCCCUCCCCACCUUCCAUGACUUCCUCUCGCAGGUGCGCUCACCAUUCGCCCUCUCUGGCCCUUUCACCCCUCUCUGGCCCUUUUCACCCCUCUCUGCCCCGCUCUUGUCCUCGUGUCUCCCUCAUGUGGGUUCACACUUGCAUUCCGUUAAGUUCCUGCCCCACCUCCCCCCUUUUAUUCCACUUCUGCGUGUGUUCCUGAACGCCUAUCUGCUGCUGCACAGCGCCAACAGGGCUGCUGUCAUCGCCACCGGCCACUCCUGCUGCUUCGCAACAGCAGAGACCGAGCGGGCCAAGGGGGAGGCAGCAACAGGGACAGCGGAAGGGGAGAGUGCAGGGAGAGAGGAUGGGGAUGGGGGCACGGAGAGAAUGGAGGGGGUGGAGGGGAAUGGCGCGAUGGAUAGGGAGAUGAGGGACAGGGAGGGGAGCCAAGAGAGAGGAGCGAGUGGGGGAAGGGAGGGUGGAGAAGGUGGAGGGAAGGGAUUGAUUCUGCCUUUCUGCAGCAGGUGGGCGGGCAUUGCUGCUGCCGACGCUGCUGCCGAUGCUGCCGCCGAUGCUGCUGCCGAUGCUGCUGCCGCUGCUGCUGCCGCUGCUGCUGCUGCUGCUGCUGCUGCCGCCGCCACUGCUGCUGCUGCUGCUGCUGUGCUGUGCUGUGCUGUGAGCAUUGCUGCCUGUGCCUCUGCCUAUGAGUGUUGUGGGGCGGCGUUCCUCACAGGAGGCCUCUCUGUGGCGUUCCUCACAGGAGGCCUGAGGCCUGUAUCUGCACUCCACACGCCCCAACGCCCUUCUGAGGCCCCACAUAAGUCCCCCCUUCCCUUCCCUUGCCCCCCUGUCCUCUCACAGGCGGCGUUCCUCACAGGAGGCCUGUAUCUGCACUCCACACGCCCCAACGCCCUUCUCCAAGACCUCCUGCUAGUGUUUGGAGUGGAUCAGUUCUCUCGGGACUUCAUCACAUUGCCUCAGCCAUCAGCUGUGGACUUCCGAGCCUCCUGUUUCUGCCACAAGCGCCCAGUGGACAUGGGCUUUGUGUGCUCUGUCUGUCUCUCCAUCUUCUGCUCCCCUGCUCGCACCUGUGCCACAUGCGGGUAA